GUAAUGUGAGUGAAGUGUUGAAAAAAAAAAAAAAAAUUGGAGUCGCAACACGUGAAACGAAAAAGGAUCAUCAAAACAUUCCGGAUGGUAAACGACGAGCCAAUCUCCGCAUUUGCGGUUUAUUCUAUGAAGCGGAAAAAUGAAGAUUCCUCAAAACCAAAGAAUAUCAAAAAACUCAAAAAUAAAAAAAAGAAUUCUAUUGACGUUGUGACUCUUUGUAAAGAAACAAAAAGCAAUAACUCGUCAACAAAGAAAAAACUAAAUGAACCUAUAAAGCAAAAUGGAAAUGAUUUUGAAUUUACGAAUUCAAUUGAAUUGGAAAAAGUAGUUAAAAUAACUAAAAAAAUAAAACCUGUAACUUUUCAGAAAAAUAGAAAUGCAAAGAAAUCAAAAAAAAAUUUCAUUACAAAAAAUGAAAAGAAUAAAAAAUUAGACAAAAUUGAAAAGCUAAGGCAACUCAAGGGAAAUAAAACAAUAAAUAUAUCAAACGUUCAAACAAUUGCUCGACAAAAACAUGUAAAUAAUUCUAAUGAAUACAAAAUAAAGAUCACAAAAUCAAAGAAAAAGAAUAAUUUAGAACAACCAAUGUCCGUUGAUGAAGAUAUUAAUGUUAAUCCACUUAAAAAAAGUAAACUAUGUUUUGAAUGGUUAAUUUCGCCAAUUAGCGCUGACACAUUCUUAGAACAAUCUUGGGAGCAACAACCAGUUCAUAUAAAAAGAAAGGAUUCUGAUUAUUAUAAAUUUUUACUUUCAACUCCUAUGAUGGACACUAUUUUACGAGAACAACAUGUUUUAUUUACAAAAAAUGUCGAUGUAACUUCGUAUACUAAUGGAAUGAGAGAAACGCAUAAUCCACCUGGCCGGGCAUUACCAAGUAUUGUUUGGGAUUUUUUCGGAAAUGAUUGUUCAAUCAGAAUGCUCAAUCCUCAAACUUUUGUUCCUCAACUUCAUGAUUUGAAUGCAAUUCUUCAAGAAUUUUUUGGCUGUUUUGUUGGUGCCAAUUCCUAUCUGACACCACCAAAUAGUCAGGGUUUUGCUCCCCAUUAUGAUGACAUUGAAGCAUUUAUUUUGCAAAUUGAGGGCAAAAAACGAUGGAGACUGUAUAAACCACGCAAUGAUGAAUUUCUCGCUCGUUUUUCGUCGAGAAAUUUCGAUCAAUCUGAACUUGGUGAACUCAUUAUGGAUACUGUUUUAAAUGCUGGUGAUUUACUUUAUUUUCCACGUGGUACAAUACAUCAAGGAGAGACAAUAGAAGACACACAUAGUUUGCAUAUAACGCUUAGUGUUUAUCAAAAAAAUUGUUGGACAGAUUUAUUUGAAAAAUUAUUGCCGAAGGCACUUGCUCGUGCUUCAAAAACGGACUAUCGCUAUCGUCAAGGUUUACCCGUUGGAUCGUCAAGAUUUAUGGGUUUCGUUAAUUCGGAAGACAGAAGUACAGAACGAAGGGCAUUUUUUGAGAAGGCAAAACUUCUUCUUGACGAUCUUAUAAAUUAUGCCGAUGUUGAUGAGGCAGUUGAUGAGAUUGCUAAAAAUAAUCUUCAUGAUUUUCUACCACCUAUUUUGAGGGACGAGGAGCAACAUAAUUCCGUGCUUCGUGAUGGAUGGAUUGUUAGAAACGAGGGAAUUGUUGAGGAACGUGUUGACAUUCGACCUGACACGAGAAUUCGUCUUUUAAGAUCUCACUGUAUAAGAUUAUUAGAGGAGGAAGAUGCUUUUAAGAUUUACUACUCGACUGAAAAUUCGAAGGAAUAUCAUGAAUACGAGCCACAAUUUUUCGAGAUUGAACGUUAUCAAGUACCUGUGAUUAAAGAAAUAAUUCUCCAAUAUCCGAAUUACAUUAAAGUGCAAGAUUUGCCAACUUCCGAAAUAGACAUUGAUGUCAAGCUCGGAAUUGUUCACGAUCUUUGGGAAAAAUGUUUAAUUGUCACAGAUGGACCUUUACCACGAGAUGAAUGAUAUUUUUGUAAGUAAAAAAAAAAUUGUAAGCGUUUGAUAAUAUAAUUUCUUGAUAAGUUUUAUCUCAUGUAAAAAAUAAAUAUUCUUUUUGUAUUUAAA